UUCCUAUAGAGUGUAUUCCACUGAAUUUCUUGUGCUGCUUCUUGAAUGGAUGUGGAGGGCCGCCGCAAGACCAGUUCUGGACGAAUUGGGAAUAAUGGGGACCCCCGAAGGAGAUGAUUGACCCCAUAUUUGGUGGAUCCCAACUGGUGGAAUGACACACCUGCCCAUUCAUGCUGCGGGAAUCCAGGGUAGAGGGACCUAUGAAACAGUCGUCGACCGGGUGAUAUCGUCGUACACAACGUCGGUCAAUUCACUUGUUCACAAUCGUCGACAAAUCAUGCAAAAUGCCUCCAGUGUGAAGGAACCACAGCACGCAUUCCUCAUUGCGAUGAUUGAAACGCCUCAUCAAACGUCAUUGCCAUUUGCUACUGAGGAAGUCACCGUUAUCAAGCCCUUUUUGCAGGGAACAGAUCUGGUGGCAGCAGAGGGGAUUGAACAGACAGACGAUGUUUUGAGAGAUCUUUCGAGCUGUCAAAUAAUCCACUUUGCAGGUCAUGGAAUGUCACAUCCUUCAGAUCCUGCCAGCAGCUGUUUGCUGACGAAAGACUGGGAGAAAAACCCGUUGACAGUGGAAAAGCUCCGUAAAGAACGUCUUCAACGGAGUCUCCAUUUCACAAUUAAACCAAUCGUGCCGAGUACAGCAAUCUUUAGAUCUAAGAAACCACGUGUUGGUGACAGUACAUAUGUAUGUACAUACCACUGUAGAUGGUUGCCCACCACAACGCCGCACUGCCUGCGCCACCACUAGCCACGCUUGCGCCUCACAAACACUUGCACCCUCGAUUUUAUCCUCAUCGCACGACGUCGCCUUCUGCAGUGCCCCCCCGCCUCGUGUUCUCCAGUGUUCGUCCGUGUUUACGAAAAGGGAAAGAGGAGGACUUUCGGAACGAAUAAACAAAAAUCCCAGUGUCCGUCUCGAUAUGCGUGCUUGUUUCUGCUAACCGCCUACUUGAGCCUCAAAAGGGCGUGUCUCGUGCUUCCGUCGCCCCAGACGUCAUUCAUCCAAACCGUCAACGACGCGACCUUGGAUUGGAUUCACCCGCGACAUAUUGCUUUUUUGGGUCUGGACCUAAAGGGCUUGAAACAGGAGGAAUACCAUCAGAAACAGAAUUGCGACGUCUUUGUCUUGCGCGCUGGUGUGGUUCCCUUUUCUACGCGG